CUUGCCGCAUUCGGCCGCAGUCCUCUCAAAAUAGAAAAAUAUCGUGAUGGAGUUAAAAGGGAAGGUUGCUUUAAUAACUGGCGCUGCUGCAGGGAUUGGACUCGCCUACAGCGAGGAGUUACUUAAGCAAGGAGCGAAGGUAUCGUUAUGCGAUAUUGAAUCUGAUAUUGGAGAGCAGGUAGCCGACGAGCUCGGCUCGAAGUAUGGCCGUAAAAAUGUGUUGUUCUGCCAGUGUGACGUCACUGACUACCCUCAAUAUGAAGAGGCGUUUGAAAUGACGAUAAAAGUGUUUAACCAUCUCGACAUAGUUGUUAACAACGCUGGGGUUAUGAAUGACAGAUUCUGGGAACUAGAAGUCGAUGUUAAUUUGAAUGGAGUAAUCCGUGGUACACUGCUAGCCUAUCGAUAUAUGGGCAAGGACCGUGGCGGCCAGGGCGGGACUAUAGUCAACACCGCGUCAACUGCCUUCGCCAGGCCACAGGUGUCGACACCGAUCUACACCGCCACUAAUUAUGCUGUCGUGGGGCUUACAAGGUCAUACGGGGACCAAUACCACGUUAACCUAACUGGGGUAAGAAGCAUAGCGCUUUGCCCGGGCCUCACGGACACUGGACUCGUGAAGGAGAUCCGCAAGCAACUGAUGUCUUCUGACUACGAAGCUGCCUGGCAGAGGGACAACGCCAACUGCAAGGCCCAGAGUGCUGAUCACGUGGCUAGGACUCUGAUCGAUAUUCUGAUGAAAGCUCAAAGCGGCUCAGUCUGGAUCGUGGAGAACGGACAACCGCCGAGGGAAUGGCGCGGUUAAGUUUACACUACCCAAUUGCAGAAUUGAGUUGAUUCACACACAUCAGUCACGUCGCAAACCAAGUAUCAUGGCGUCAAAAAAUAUAGUCAUGCAGAAGUUCUAAGACGUCAUCGCCGCAACACUUUGGUUACAUCUUCUCAAUUAAAUAAGAAACGUCAGUUAUAAUGUAUUGAACCCUAAAGAAAUUUUCCAUUGAUAUGAAAGGUUUUCCUUUCAUUUCAGUUUCGACUGAUGUGAUGAAACUUUAUUUUGCUUUUGAUAAGAUUAUCUUUUAGUUUUCAAAAAGAUAUUUGUAUUGCAUGUUAUUAUGAA